GUGCUCGGUCCCGAAGCGCGUCUUCCGUCCCCGGUUGGCCACGUCGCAUGGCUGGCACGUUGCAAUGCCGGUGCCCAUCCCUGUGGACGUCUCACCGGUGUCGGACGGCAGCGCUGAGAAGGACUGGGAGACUGCGGCGUCAGGUGGCAUGUUGAAGGUGAGCCAAUGGCGGCAGACGAUCCUCUCCUUCCGCUCGGUCGACCGGCGGAACGCCUUCCUGGCCGCGGCCCACGUGGUCCAGAGCCUCGCGAUGGGUGAGGAGGAGACUGGCGCCAAGCCCUCGUGGCUGAGCAAUUCGGCAGGUGCUCAAAAAGGCAUGAGCAUGGUUGCCCAGCACACAGGCGACGUGCUCCAUGAGACUUGCCAUUGUGGCCCUGAAGCCUCGAUGUCGGACGAAGAGGAAGAGGAUUGGGAGCUUCAUCGUAAGAAGACAGGCCUCGUGGCGAAGUUGGUCACCUACGACAGCCGCGAGCGGAUGCUGCGGGACUUCAAGUUGAGACCAGGCGUGCGGCGCUCGGGCAUCGUGGUCUGGGGCGUCGCACCCCGAGGUCCCUGCGCUCGGGCAGGAGUCCAACCUGGAGACCGUUUGGUGUCCAUCAACGGGCGCCAGGACAUCAUUCAUCUCAUGGCUUCCGAGUGCAAGGUGCCGGCCACCUUGAUCUUCAUGGGCACGGCUGGACGGAUCACCACCGAGGUACGCUUGAUCUCUUCGGAGGCGGCGUUGUCAGACAAAGGCUUCACCUUGCUCAGUGACAAGGUCUUGGGUGGCGCACGGACCAAGUACCUCUACCAAGAGGAGCGAGUCUUUGUGCCGCGGUUGGCUUCUUUGGCCUUGGGCGUACAGGCGGAGCCCUUCCGCACCCCUCGGCAGAUGUUCUCUUUGGAGCCGAAAGAGGCGGCGCGUCUGCUGCGGAGGGCCAAGAGCGAAGCUGAAGAACAGCUCCGUGGCGGCGGCCCGCCGAGCGACCCAGGAGUCGGUGCCCGAGUACCGAGCCUCGACACGGCAGAGCAGCAAGAGCUAUGGCUGGAGAUUCCUGCGCCGAACUUCUCGGAUGAUGAGCUGGCAACAGGCAAGCCUAACAGACCACGCCAUUGCCCUGAGCGGCCAAAGAAAGAAUGGCGUGAGGAGGAGCUUCGCCGUGAAAGCUCCAGCCUGGAUGAGGACUCCGAAGCGAUGGAAGCCGAGAAGGUCUGAUGUCCUCCAGGGACUGCUGCAAAGCAGCGCAGCGGGACCGCAGUUCUCUCCAGCCGUUGGAUCCGAGCAGUUUGAAGAAAAAAGCGGCCAAACCGCAGAUCUCAGCAGUAUUCUUCAGUUCUGAACGAGCAGAUCAUGAGCUGGAUGUGGUGGGGAUCGGACAUGUCCAUGCCAUAUCCUUUCAGGAAACACCCGACAAUCCUACCAAAUGAUAGACCCUUCAAAGGCAAAGGCUCCUAGCUUUUUGAUGGGGGGAAGACCCCCUGGCCAUGGCUGGGUAGACUGAUCUAUUUCCCGAGCCUUCCAGAAGGGCGUUGCCGGGGGUCGGUCUCCCUAGAAAUGAGCUACACACCCAGAUGAUGUUCUCUUGCCACAUUGGUAGCCACGAGUGCGGGUGCGCGACCAUCCAAUGACGUUUCUCCUCAUCCAGUGAAGUACUCUGAAAAGAGAAGCAUUUGCGGUGUUUUUUUUUCUCAUUUCUGAUCCGUUCUGAUCAUUCACGUGUUUUUUUUCACAGGAACACCUACAGAAGAAGUCCCUUGUGCCUCAAACAAAAAGACGAGGUUUUCUCCCGUAGAUGUCCUGCCAGAACAUUCUGAUUUCUCAUAGAAUUCUCAUGAUCCGAUGAACAAACUGACAUCAAAAACCAUGGACUUCCACCAUUUUCCCUUUCUCCCAGGCCUGAGAUGCUCACUCUGCCGCUUUCUUGCGCAUCCACCUGAGAAACGGACGGUGGACCUGAGAAACGGACCAAGCCGAAGCCGGGGUGGUGAACCCCGCUUUCCUUUUCUUCCUUUCGCCACACGGUCACAUGUGACAUCAUGUGGCCAAAUUGGUCAGAUGGGCAUAGCGUUCCUUAGAGAUAAACCUCAAGGUUACUUGCCAAAUCAAUUCUUUGCUGGAGAAGGCAAGCGGCACGUCCAUGUUUAUUGUUUCUCGCCCGGCAGUGCGCGGGCGUGUCAAUGAUCCGAGCGAUAGCGCUCGGGUGAUCCUGUGGUGUUCCUUUGAUCCACUGACUUGGUCGAUUGCUGUCGGCGAGAUCAA